AAUAUGAGUUAACUUCCAACUUUCAUGCCUGCUGACGAAUUUGGUUACAAAAGUUCCUUGGACGUCACUUUGGGAUAUUCAGGUUACUUGAUAAAUGAUAAACUGCUUAAUAAAGUGUUUCUUCAUAUGACAACACGAACGGGCAGCCUUUAUUACAACAGUUUUUAGACGAGGAGGUUUGCUAGGUAUGUUUGAUAGCCUGCAACAAGGCAAAGGAACAGCCGUCUUAUUUUUAAUAAAACAACAGACGCUAUAGCGGAACCUGCUCAUGUUUACCGAGGGGCUCAGGAAGAGAUUUCUUGUUUGAAUGAGCGAAAAUGAAAAAGCCUGAUGUGAAGUUGGUUAUACUGGGGGACAUGAAUGUCGGUAAGACCUCUCUGUUGCACAGGUACAUUGAAAGGAAGUUUAAAGACACUAUCAGCACUGUCGGAGGGGCGUUCUUCUUGAAGCAGUGGGGGCCGUAUAACAUUUCAAUCUGGGACACAGCAGGGCGGGAGCAGUUCCACGGGCUGGGCUCUAUGUACUGCAGAGGCGCCGCCGCUGUCAUCCUCACCUACGACGUCACCAACUGGCAGAGCCUGGUGGAGCUGGAGCAGCGAUUCCUUUCCCUGACGGACACGGCCAACUCCGACUGCAUUUUCGCCAUCGUGGGGAACAAAGCUGACCUGACCAACCUGAAAGCUGCGGCCGCAGAGACGGGCGAAGAGAGGGAGAGUAAUGGCAAUCUGGCGGGUGCCCAGUUCCCAGCCUCUCCAAAAAUGCACAAACAGGUGCAGCCGGAAGACGCCGUGGCUCUUUACCAUCGGAUCCUGCGUUACAAGAUGCUGGAAGAGAAAUGCAGCCCGCCGGCGGAGGCGAUGUGCUUCGAGACCAGUGCGAAGACGGGCUACAAUGUGGAUCUGCUCUUUGAAAGGGUGUUUGACAUGGUAGUGCCUGGCAUUUUAAAGAAAAAAACUGAAGCUAUGAGUAAUACAGUGGAUUUGGAAGACUGCAGUGACAUGCAAAGGACUAAACUAGGAUGCUGCGGUUGAUCGGAUAUGAGUGGGUUAGUUUGUAUUGUUUUUUUUUCCACACUGCUUUCAGAUUCAAGCAAGUGUGUUUUUAGAAAUCCAGCUGCAUGUGAAAAUGAGGGAAUACGGAAAUAAGGUUGGGGGUAAAUUCAAGUUUUCCACUGACUUGCAUGUGUAGCUCUUACCUUGUGAAGUUAAUACUGUGGUCCUUCACUGCCUGUUCCCCAACACACAUACUCAUCACUCCCUUUCAAUCUGAAGCUGACUUCACUGGAUAUGUUUUUUACCCAUCACAAGCAAAGAGACUAAAAUAGUGAAUGUAUUUAUAUAGAAAUAUGGAUAAAUAAAAUAAGAUGAUCUACAAUACGCUUUUAAGAUUACACGUCGGAGAUCCAAGUACUCGGUUGUUGUUGAGAGUUAUUUUUUUCAGUUUUAAGUAAAUUGGGUGCUGCUUUACCACUUAUUAGGUCUAUCGUCAAACACUUGCAUUGAGCCUUUUACAAACAACCUGCUGCACUAGAUAGUCUAACUCAGGUUUUUCUGCUGAAAAAAACAUUUUAAAAUAUAAUUCAUUUCAGCCCCCAAUAUUUUGUUUCAUACUUAAUGUGCCUUGAAAUGUCUGUUUUAUUGUUAACUGAUUUUGUAUGGCUAUUCUCUUUGUAUGUCAUGUUUGUGUUAAGUACAUUUAUGAAAAUAUUUAUGAUUGAAAAUUUUAAAGGACCUGCUAUUUGCACACUAACAUUGAAAAAAUAAAGGUGAUCAUGAUCAGUGUGUUUCUUUUUUGACCAUGACAGAUCUAUGUAGAAAUGUGCUUUUGUGUAUACCAUUUCAGGCAUGUUAAUACUCACUCCUCACAUGUCCAAAUUGAUUAUUUUGUGCUUUUCAGUGAUUUGAUUAAGUGUAAGGAAUUAUUAAGCAAUUUAUAUUGACAAAAAAGUUCAACAAUGUAUGGUAAUGAACUGAUUGCAGCAGCAGAAUAUUUUAAUGGCAAUGGUACCACUGGAUUUUGUCCAUUGCCUUCAUUAUAAUAGAACCUUUAAAGAACACCAGCAUCUAGCAGGAACAGGAAAACUAAGAAGAUUCUUUGUUUUGAGAUCUGAUGAAGUAUUGUAUAUGUACUUGACACUGCUAACAGUUCAUUUUUGUUUUAUGUUUUUUUUAAAGUAAUUGUCCUUUCACUAAGUACAAAGUGUUGUCUGCUAAAUAAGUUCAUAAUGUUGAAAAUGAGAUAAAUGUAUCUUUACUUAAUAGUCUCAUCAUAAAAAACUGUCAUGUUUCAGCA